GUGGGGAUCACAAUUGGCCGUAGCAGCAGCAGCAGAAGUAGCAGCAGCACCAGAAGGAGCAGCAGACUCAGCAGCAGCAGUAGCAGCAGCAGCAGCAGCAGCUGAAGGAGCAGCAGCAGCAGCAGCAGCAGCAACAGCGGCAGCAGCAGCAACAGCAACAGCAGCAGCAGCAGCAGCAGAAGGAGCAGCAGCAGCAGCAGCAGCAGCGGCAGCAGCGGCAGCAGCAGCAGCGGCAGCAGCGGCAGCAGCAGCAACAGCAACAGCAGCAGCAGCAGCAGCAGAAGGAGCAGCAGCAGCAGCAGCAUCAGCAGCAGCAGCAGCAGCAGCAGCAGCAGCAGCAGCAGCAGCAGCAGCAGCAGCAGCAGCAGCAGCAGCAGCAGCAGCAGUAUCUACAGCCAUCCCCAUCCUCCCCUCCUCUUUGAGCCGCCGCGGGUGACAUUUACGACCCAGCUGUCCCUGACUCC